AUGCUACUCAGACGCCCGCUCCUCAAUGCCUCGGCGGCCGCCGUCUCCAUCCCCAAAACAUGCGUGCGCAACCUGCAGCACUCGAUCCCCAUGCGCCCCGUCCCCAAAGCAACGCCCUUCAUCCCCGACCACGCCGCCUUCCUGACCGCUAUCGGCCGCGGCCUCUCCGCACACGCCGGCAAGAUCCCCUCCUGGGAAGCCCUGUUCACGCUCACCUCCCCGCAACUGAAGGAACUCGGCGUCGAGCCCGCACGCUCACGCCGCUACCUGCUGCACUGGCGGGAGAAGUUCCGCAACGGCGAGUACGGCAUUGGAGGAGACUGCCAGCACGUUUCUGACGGCGUCGCUGAACUCACCGUCGUCGAGGCGCCCGUUGCGCCGAACCCGGAUCUCGGGAACACCAUCAGCCCGCGCUCGGCGGCGGCGACGGCGACACACAACCCCGGCACGAGGAGAGUCGUUGUGAACGUUCCGUCUGGCGAGACGCCGUCUGGGCCUGUCGACACGCUACGCGCUGUCAACGGAGUGCUGGUCAAGGGCGCCAAGACGAUCAAGGGCAGCUACGUCGAGCCGGUGAAGGGCAGUGAGGGGCUGAGGGCGAGGAUACGACUGCAGGAGGCUAUGUGGGAGGAGAGGAGAGGACACAAGGUCGACGGCGGUGAGAGGCGGAGGGCAGAGGUCAGGGCGAAGAGGAGGGCGGCGGAGAACAAGGAGAAGGCGCGGUAGAGGCAUGCUUGGGUCCUGUAUCACAAGAGACGAUGUUCACAUUCUGUAUCAUAAGAGACGAUGUACUUGGCAAUGUACCAUAUGCUGGCGGUUCGAUCGCCAGCCUUGAUGUCCAAGGUACGCAGCACCCCUCAAGUCCCAUGACCAUCGAUGACGGGCCAGCUUCAGCCAGAACUACAACGACGACUUCCAAGCACGAACAAG